AGUACGGUUGGGCAGGAGCGAUUCAUACAGGCUGUGCGUUAACUCCUGGCCAGGAAAAUUCAUACUCUUAACAUCCUUUUUUUAAUCACACACACACUUACCCAAAAAAAACUGGAGAAGGGAAAAAAAACGGCGGGCGCGUUGCCAGAGGAAUUGUCUUAGAAUUGAACUCGGAAUACAGGAAACGAAUAUUCUGCCUCCGCCAACACUCCGAAGUUGUGGAUGUGAAAGGGGAGUUUCUCGGCUUACUUUCUGUCCUCUGGCUUGCAGUUUGGAAAAGAAAACAUUUCUUCCCCCUGUUCUGCUGCUCCUAGCCGGCUCUCUUCGGAGCAUGAAGCUCGUCUGAAGAACUUUCUCUGCGCUCGGCGGUCGAUCCUGAGGGAGAUACCAUCGAGUCUCUCUCUCUCUCUCUCUACGGGACCCCAGUUCGCUGUCCUGCCUGGGCUCGAAGAUGUCCACCGUCCGUUGGGAUCUCCUCCUUGUAGGAUUCCUCCUUUCGUGCUUGUUUGUCGAGUAUUCCAGAGGCCACAUGGAAAUUCAGGAUGUCAUUCUAAAUCCUUCCUCCAACAUUACUCUGAACUGCACUUCCAGUGGGCCCGUCGCCUGGUUCUACGACAAGGUGGCGAAUGUUCACACUGACGGCAACGUCCUGCACAUCUACAAUGCGGCCAGUUACCACAACAGGGAGUACGUCUGCUCUGCAAAUAAAACCGAGAUUCUGCACGUCUUUAUUUUUGUGCCAGAUCCCAAUGAGUGGUUCCGACCGCAGACCCAGCAGGAGAUGUUCAUCAUGGCUGAGGAAUCCGUGGACGUUUUCAUUCCCUGUGUGGCGACCAACCCCAAACUGCAGGUCACCCUCUACCACGUGGAGACCGAGACCACCAUCAACACUCCCUACGACAGGCGACAGGGGUUCCUCGGCAAGUUCAAAGGUGGAACCUACAAGUGCCGGGCUAAGUUGGGGAAUGAGGAACAGGUGUCUGAUGAAUACGUUGUGGAAACAAUUCAAGUCUCUGAGGACCUUGUGGUUAAACUUCAUGCCUUGCGGACUUUAGUGAAGAAGGGCGAGUUAAUAACUGUCACCUGCUCUGCGAAUAUCGAGCUGCUGGAUUUUUUCUGGUCUUACCCGAGGACAAAGGAUGCUGAGAUAAGGGUCACAGAAGGGAGCCAGGAGGUGAACUCGACACUUGAGUUGGAAGAGGCAACACUGGAGGACACUGGAUGGUACAACUGCAGUGUCAAGGGCUAUUAUCCCAUUCAGUCAGGACACAAAUCUCUUCACAUCACUGUGCUGGACAAAGGAUUCAUCGAGCUGAGGACAGAGCUGUCCGAGGUGCAGUACGCAGAGCUGUCCGAGGUGAAGAUGUUUGCUGUUAACAUCACGGCAUACCCAGCUCCCACCAUCAGGUGGCUGAAGAACAAUGUGCCCUUCAACGAAAGGACCAACCAAGUGACCUUCAGCAAAAAGUACCUGGGAGAAAACAGGUAUCAGUGUAUCCUCAAUCUCAUCCGAGUGAAGGAGGAAGACUUUGGGAAUUACAGCGUCCAGGUCUGGAAUGAGGAUGACAAGAAAGAAUUGACCUUCACCCUGAGCGUAAAUGUGCCAGCAAGAAUCUUGGAUCUUAGUGACUAUCUACAUAGCAAUGGCCUCCAGACCGUAACUUGCAUUACCGAGGGCUCACCUUUGCCGGAAAUCACCUGGUACACAUGCCAGAACCUAAAGAGGUGUAACAGCAAAGACAGGAAGUGGAUACCACUGAGAGCAAACAGCAGCAGCGUCUGGGUGGAGAAAUAUGUCCCUGAACGGCAAGCUAACCAAGUCUAUCGGGUCCGGAGUGUCCUGACCCAGGACAGUGGUGGUGGGAUUGCCGCCGUGCGCUGCUCCACCAACAACGGCUUCGGCAGCAUUAACCGCGAGGUCAAGCUGGUCUCCAAUGGCCUGCACUCUCAGCUGGUCACCGUGGCAACCAUCCUGGUGCUGUUGGUGAUCAUCAUCAUCUCGCUGGUGGUUCUGAUGGUGAUUUGGAGGAAGAAACCUCGCUAUGAAAUCCGUUGGAAGGUCAUUGAGUCAAUCAGUUCUGAUGGACAUGAGUAUAUUUAUGUUGAUCCUACCCAACUGCCAUACGACUCUAGUUGGGAGUUUCCAAGAAGCCAGCUUUCCCUGGGAAGGACGCUCGGUUCAGGGGCAUUUGGCCGGGUGGUGGAGGCCACAGCUCAGGGCUUGAGUCAGUCCGAUUCCAUCAUGAAGGUUGCAGUGAAGAUGCUGAAGACCACUGCCAGGACCAGUGAGAAACAAGCUUUGAUGUCCGAGCUGAAAAUCAUGAGCCACCUUGGGCCUCACCUCAACAUCGUCAACCUGUUGGGUGCCUGUACCAAAGGAGGCCCCAUCUACAUCAUCACCGAGUACUGUCGCCAUGGCGACCUGGUGGACUACCUGUACCGCAACAAGCACAGCUUCCUACAGUUCCACGGCGAGGUGGCACGGACACCCUCUACCGGGACCUCCGACAACAUGAAAUUCGAGAGGAUGAAAAGUUACGUGGCUCUCUCCUUCGACAGUGACGGGGGUUAUAUGGACAUGAACAAGGAGGAUCAGCUGGACUACACCCCGAUGCUGCAGGCCCGGCCCCCACCUGCCUACGCACAGAUCGCCCACUCUGACUAUGAUGGACCCUACCUGCAAGAGAAUUAUGCCCCCACCGAGCAGGAAGUAGCAGAGCUCAGGCCGCUAAUCAGCGACUCGCCCGUCCUCAGCUUCGCAGACCUGGUCGGGAUCAGUUACCAGGUGGCACACGGAAUGGAAUUUCUCUCACUCCGAAAUUGUGUCCAUCGAGAUCUAGCAGCAAGGAAUGUCCUGAUCUGUGAAGGGAAAUUGGCAAAAAUCUGUGACUUUGGACUGGCUCGGGACAUAGUGAAUGAUUCUAACUAUAUUUCAAGAGGAAGUACCUUUUUGCCUCUGAAGUGGAUGGCACCAGAGAGUAUCUUUAACAACCUGUACACCACGCUGAGUGAUGUCUGGUCCUACGCUGUGCUCCUGUGGGAGAUCUUCACUCUCGGUGGAACCCCUUACCCAGAGCUGCCAGUCAACGAUCAGUUCUACAACGCCAUCAGGAGCGGCUACCGAAUGCCCAAACCUCACUACGCCACCGACGAAAUAUACGCCAUCAUGAAGAAGUGCUGGAACGAUGAGUUUGAGAAGAGACCCUCCUUCUCCAACUUGGUCACGUCCAUGGGGAACUUGCUCUCUGAGAGCUACAAAAAGAGGUACACGCAGGUUAGCCAGGAGUUCAUAAAGGGUGAUCACCCAGCCCUGCGCCGCACCAGGACCAGCACCCGCGGAGCCAACGACAGCGUCAUCUACUCCAACUGCCUACACCUCAACGGGACGGACAACGGCUACAUCAUCCCGCUACCCGACCCGGUAACCCCCAAGGACAGCGCGGACGCCGGCAAUCCAGCAGAGGAGCCCUCCAGUGUGCCAGCUGCAGGGACAAGGCCAAGCUCCCUUGUCUGUGGCGAGAGCCAGGAGCCGACUAGUUUGAGCGAUUUUCCUCAGAUGACCGAAGAUUGCAGACAACUUGAGAUGGACACUGAAGCUGAGGGCAGUCAACCUGAGGUGGAGGACAGCUUCCUGUGAUUGGUGGGCCAGCACUCACCACCAUUCCAGAACCUUUUAUCACACAAGCUGCAACCCUGCUGGAGAAGUCCCAGAUUAGUCCAUCGCCUGAUCCAUCCUAAGAUUCCUCAGGAAUGCUGGGGUAACACCGUGAAAAUGAUGAAGUAGUGAAUCUGUCUGGAAAAGGUUAAUGUGAGCCACAGAACUGGGCAUUAACCUGCACUUCUGGGAAUGUGGACCCCUGAUUCUGUGCGUCCAAUCCUUCUCACCCCACUGGGGAUGGUCAGUCUGUGAGUCCAAUCUUUCCCACCCCACUGGGGAUGGUCAGUCUGUGUGUCUGAUCCUUCCCACCCCACUGGGGAUGGUCAGUCUGUGUGUCUGAUCCUUCCCACCCCACUGGGGAUGGUCAGUCUGUGUGUCUGAUCCUUCCCACCCAACUUGGAAGGCCAGUCUGUGUGUCCAAUCCUUCCCACCCCACCGGGGAUGGUCAGUCUGUGUGUCCAAUCCUUCCCACCCCACUGGGGAUGGUCAGUCUGUGAGUCCAAUCUUUCCCACCCCACUGGGGAUGGUCAGUCUGUGUGUCUGAUCCUUCCCACCCAAUUUGGAAGGCCAGUCUGUGUGUCCAAUCCUUCCCACCCCACUGGGGAUGGUCAGUCUGUGAGUCCAAUCUUUCCCACCCCACUGGGGAUGGUCAGUCUGUGUGUCUGAUCCUUCCCACCCUGCCUCUUCUUCUUAAGGCCACCACUCGUACUGGAUGGGAUAGGCCCCGACAGCAGCUCACCAGAGUCCUCUGUCCUGGACCAAGAGAAGGUUGACUGGCCCCAUGGCUUCUGCUUUCACCAUAUGACUUCAUACGUCUUCUAGAUGAAGAUCCUUCCUCUCCCAGGGAUGAGGACUUUGGAACUUCUGUUGGUGUUUUCUGGGUUUUUACAGGAUGGAGUUAGCCCCAUGUCCAACCCUCCUUCUCUCACAGCCGGGCUUGGGACUGUCCAUGGUGGAGUUUCCCACCGCACCGGGGAUGGACAUCCGACUCGUCCAAUGCUCCCCUCUGCACUGGGGAUGAUCAUCAUGUGUGUCCAAGCCUUCCCAGCCCAGUAGGGAUGGACAUUGCCAAGGAUCAGCCAUGGCUCCAGCUCCCAGAAACUCCUCCUGGUUCUUAUGAGUCUCAAAAGUGUAAACACACCCAAUCUUCCUUCAAACUGCAGGACCCCUCUCCCUGUCUCAAAAGUGAUGGGCCCAUCUCUCCUCAAAACUGAGGACCCCUGUCCCUCCCUGUCUCCCCUCCAAACUGAGGGACGCUGCACCUCUGUCUCCCUUCCCAAACAGAGGGAUUCUGUCCCUCCCUGUCUCCCCUCCAAACUGCAGGACCCACCCCAAUUCCCUUCCAAACUGAGGGACCAUGCCCCCAUGAUCUCCCCUCUAAAGUGAGGGACCCCAUCAUCCCCUCCAAAUGGAGGGAUCUCACCCUCAACAUCACUCCUCCAAAGAGAGGGACCUGUCACUCCCUGUCUCCCAACACACAGGGGUGAUUCCUCCACUCACCCUCUGCUUCUUGCUGCUUCAAACCAUCUUCCCUCUGCUUGGCUGCCCUCAUACUGAGGGACGUCUUUCCUGUACAGAUAAAACAAAUGCCAGAAACACUCAGUAGGCUGGUUGGGUGUUUAACACUUGCUGCUCUCCAUAGCCGCAGCCCGACCUGCCGGGUGCUUUCUCUCCUCCCUCUGUCUCUCCUCAAACUGAGAAGCUUCUCCCCUCCAUCACUCCUUUCAAACUUUUCUAUCACCUCCCAGCUUCUUACUUCAUCUUGCCUCCCCCACCCACCCACCUUCCCCUCGCCUGGCCUCACCUAUCACCUCUCAGCUUGUACUCCUUCCCCUCCUCCUCUUUAUUCUGGCUUCUUCCCCCUUCCUUUCCAGACCUGAUGAAGGAUCUCUGCCCAAAACAUUGACUCUCUAUUCAUUUCCAUCGAAGCUGCCCAACCUGCUGAAUUUCUCCAGCACUUUGUGUGUUGUCUGUCUCCCUGCUCUCUUUCUCCUGACCCCUUAUGGUAGUGGUUUGGACUUCCAACAACAGUUCUCAUUCCUAAGCAAACUACCUCCCACCCACAUCAGAAUCAUCUUUGGGUUUGAAAUCCAGGGACCCUGACCAUGGCUCAAAAUGUUUGUCUUAUAUUAAGAUGCACAUAGCUAAAACCAGUACAGUAUUAGAGUAUAGGAUUAAAGAGAGAGAGAGAGAAAGUUUGCUGUACUACCAAAUCUUUUAAACUUUCAUGAACUGAAUACGAAAACAUGAAUCUAUUAGGGACCACUUAGUAACUUUUCUGAACAUCUAACUAUGAAUUUCCGAUCAGAAGGACCUUAUCCCUGGAUCUAAUCUGGAGCAAAACAUUUUCAGGGUAAUAUUAUCCAGACAAAAACUAGAUUAAAGUGAUAUAGUUUGUACAAUAUUGCAAUAUUAGAAUUUAUCCCAGCCAAUUACAGUCACCUUAUAGGUAGAUAUUUUUGCACAAAAUGAAAUUAUAUCAAGGAACUAUUUUUCUCUUUAUUUUCUUUUAAGCAAAAAUUGUAAAUAUUUGUGAAUGCUGUUAUUGGGGUCGUAGAUGCUUGGGUCUAAAUGUGUGGGGGUUGGAUCUGCUGAAAGGAGAUUUCUCCUCCACUCCCUCUCCACACACAUCAAACCGGGAAUAUCGAGAGUGUGGAGCCUGGAGUUGGGAACUCACCAACACACACAUCAAACCGAGAAUAUCGGGACUGUGGAGCCUGGAGAUGGGAACUCAACAACAACCAGUUCAGAAACUCAGAACCACCAUCCGGUUUAUUAUCACUGACUCAUGUGACAUGAAAUGUUACUUUGCUACAACAGUACAAUACAGAGACAUAAAAAUUUCUAUAAAUUACAAAAAAUAUAUAGAUACUGCAUUUAAACAAAAGAAAUAAGGAGGUUCGGUUCACAGACCAUUCAGAAAUGUGAUGGAGGGGAAGAAAAAGCAGCUCCUAAAACAUUGAGUGUGUCUCUUCAGGUUCUCCACCUAUCACCUCCCAGUGUCUCACUUCAUCCCCCCUCCCCCACCCACCCACCUUCCCCCUCACCUGGUCUCACCUAUCACCUCCCAGUGUCUCACUUCAUCCCCCUCCCCACCCACCUUCCCCCUCACCUGGUCUCACCUAUCACCUCCCAGUGUCUCACUUCAUCCCCCCUCCCCCACCCACCCACCUUCCCCCUCACCUGGUCUCACCUAUCACCUCCCAGUGUCUCACUUCAUCCCCCUCCCUACCCACCUUCCCCCUCACCUGUCACCUGUUAGUUUGUACUCCUUUCUUUCCCCCAUCUUUUUUUUCUGAGUUCUGACCCUUCCUUUCCCGUCCCGAUGAAGGGUCUCAGCCCAAAAUGUCGACUGUUUAUUCCCCUCCAUAGAUGCUGCCUGACCUGCUGAGUUCCUCCAGCAUUGUGUGUGUGUGUGUGGGGGGUCCAGGAUAGGACUGUACAGUCAUCAAAGAUCUCACCGUUAAAGGAGUGGACGUCGUCAUCAAAUUUCGAUGGACAACCAAAGAGUGAAAGAGAGUGUGUGUGCGUUGGAAACAGUGACUGCCAAGAGAUUGGCUUCAGGGAGCGGGUGGGGAAACCUGUUUUACAAGGUCCGAGAGGCUUUUCAUUCUCUUUCCCAGCACCUGAUAGUCACAGUCUCCCAACUCUGCCCCUUCCCUAUCUGACUACCCCACCCCCUUAGUUCUUCGUAGCAGACCGUCCCUCUGUCAUUUGCCCGCCCCAGCAGCGGGUGGUACAGAACACUGAACCUGCAACAUCACAGGGCAGUACAGGCUCUUCGGCCCACGGUGCUUUAGCCAACUCCAUGAUAUUAGAGGUACAGUGCGGAACGGGUUCUUACGGCCCAAUUUAACCCUAGAAUAAUCACGGGUCAAUUUAACCUACCAACCAGUACAUCUCUGGACUGUUGGAGGAAACCAGAGCACCCAGAGGAAACACACGUGUUCCACUGGGAGGGCAUAUAAACUCCUUACAGGGCACUCCAGGAUGAACUCUGAACUCUGAUGCCCCGAAUUGUAAUAGUGUUGUGCUAACUACCAUGCCGUCCAAUCUAAGGUCAAUCUAACCCUUCCCUCCCGCGUGGCCCUCUACUUUCUAACAUCACGUGCCUAUCUACACAUCUUUUAAAUGUCCCGAAUGUAUCUGCCUCCACCACACACCCACCAGUCUCUGUGUAAACAACUUACCUCUAAUAUCUCUCCUAGACUUUCCUCCAAUCACCUUAAAGUGAUGCCAUUUGCACCCUGGGGAGAAGGUGCUGACUGUCACUUCCUCCAGCAUUUUGUGUGUAUCAUUCUAUCAGUGCCACACUCACAACACGCUGGAGGAACUCAGCAGGUCAGGCAGCAUCUGCAGAGGGAAAUAGACAGGUGUCAUUUCGGGUUAAGACUCUUCAUGAGGGCUGAGCUCAACAUACCUGCAGUGCAGACACAGGAGGGACCCUGUAGUCUAUUGUGUGUCUGUCAGACACAGGAGGGACUCUGUAGCCUGUCGUUUGUUUGUCAGACACAGGAGGGACUCUGUAGUCUGUCAGACACAGGAGGGACUCUGUAGCCUGUUGUGUGUCUGUCAGACACAGGAGGGACCCUGUAGUCUGUCAGACACAGGAGACACUCUGUAGUCUGUCAGACACAGGAGGGACUCAGUAGUCUGUCGUGUGCCUGUCAGACACAGGAGGGACUCUGUAGUCUGUCAGACACAGGAGGGACUCAGUAGUCUGUUGUGUGUCUGUCAGACACAGGAGGGACCCUGUAGUCUGUCAGACACAGGAGGGACUCUGUAGUCUGUCAGACACAGGAGGGACUCAGUAGUCUGUUGUGUGUCUGUCAGACACAGGAGGGACCCUGUAGUCUGUCAGACACAGGAGGGACUCUGUAGUCUGUCAGACACAGGAAGGACUCUGUAGUCUGUCGUGUGCCUGUCAGACACAGGAGGGACCCUGUAGUCUGUCAGACACAGGAGGGACUCUGUAGUCUGUCAGACACAGGAGGGACUCAGUAGUCCGUUGUGUGUCUGUCAGACACAGGAGGGACCCUGUAGUCUGUCAGACACAGGAGGGACUCUGUAGUCUGUCAGACACAGGAAGGACUCUGUAGUCUGUCGUGUGCCUGUCAGACACAGGAGGGACCCUGUAGUCUGUCAGACACAGGAGGGACUCUGUAGUCUGUCAGACACAGGAGGGACUCAGUAGUCUGUUGUGUGUCUGUCAGACACAGGAGGGACCCUGUAGUCUGUCAGACACAGGAGGGACUCUGUAGUCUGUCAGACACAGGAAGGACUCUGUAGUCUGUCGUGUGCCUGUCAGACACAGGAGGGACUCUGUAGUCUGUCAGACACAGGAGGGACUCUGUAGUCUGUCGUGUGCCUGUCAGACACAGGAGGGACUCUGUAGCCUGUCAGACACAGGAUGGACUCUGUAGUCUGUCAGACACAGGAAGGACUCUGUAGUCUGUCGUGUGCCUGUCAGACACAGGAGGGACUCUGUAGUCUGUCAGACACAGGAGGGACUCAGUAGUCUGUUGUGUGUCUGUCAGACACAGGAGGGACCCUGUAGUCUGUCAGACACAGGAGGGACUCUGUAGUCUGUCAGACACAGGAAGGACUCUGUAGUCUGUCGUGUGCCUGUCAGACACAGGAGGGACUCUGUAGCCUGUCAGACACAGGAUGGACUCUGUAGUCUGUUGUGUGCCUGCCUGGCAGGUACAUUGGCCUCUAAAUCAGACCAGGCUGGUGGGAUUCACUAGUGCAGCUGUGUCACCUCCCCACCUUUGCCUACUCAUACUCACAUCCUGUUUGACACCAAAUGUUUAUAAAAGGGCAACAGAGAAAUAGGAUAAGCCCAAACAUAGGAAACAGAGAAGAUUUAAACAUCUUAAGGGUAGGCAUACCUCAAAGAGACUUUGCAGUUGAGUCCUGAUGAAGGGUCUCAGCCUGUUUAUUCCCCUCCAUAGAUGCUGCCUGGCCUGCUGAGUUCUCCAGCAUUUCAUAAACAGAAAAGAUUCUGCAGAUGCUGGAAAUCCAGAGCAACGCACACACACAAAAUGCCAGAGGAACUCAGCAGGUCAGGCAGCAUCUCCCCCUCUCCACGCAGCUGAUGAAUCCAAAGGAACGGCAGAGGCCGAUACAGUUUGGCAUCAGCAGCAUCACAGGAGUUGUCAGUCAGUGUUGAACUCAAUGUAGGACUGCCUUAGGGACUCCAGCUCUGGACUCUUCCUCAGAGUUUACCCCCAAAAUCUUCCUCAUGAACAGGUAUAGCUGAAAAGCAGCAGAGGUUUGAGAUCAGAGUUUUCCUUUUCCUAGAUGAGCUGCCAGCCAUGGCUGAUCAGCCUUAUCUGCCUGAUAAUGACCGGUUUUAAGGUGCCAGUAACCCACCUUUGCUCCUUCUCCUGUCAGUAGAAACAGUUCUGCUGGGCUUAGUAUCCAAGCCACAAGUGAAGGUUAGGAACUGGACUAGGUUGUCAGAGGCUAUUUGAGAAGCAUUUAAUAGCUGAUGGGAGCUUGUCCCCAAUACCCCACCACCCCAGGCUAUGAUAACCUUAAGGAACACUUGACACAUCCAUAUGCAUUGACCGUGGUUGUGAACCUGGAUAAGAGGUCUGCAUGUAAUAUGGGUCAAGAGAUUCAGCUGUUGUUUCUGCCACCUCCUGAUAGUAAUCUGGAAACACAGGGUCAGUCCAGAUUAAGUUCAAGUUUAGUUUAUUGUCAUUCAACAAUUUGUCGCCAAAUGAAACAAUGUUCCUCCAGACCAAGGUGUACAACACAGUACAUAUAAAUCACACACAACAUAUAAAGUAAUAUUACCACAAAUAAAUUAACAAAUAAUAAAGUGCAUUUACGACACAAGUUAAAAAGUAAACAGUAUAACAUUACACGUAAACACGAGGAAUUCUGCAGAUGCUAGAAAUUCAAGCAACACACAUCAAAGUUACUGGUGAACGCAGCAGGCCAGGCAGCAUCUCUAGGAAGAGGUACAGUUGACCCGAAACAUCAAGUGUACCUCUUCCUAGAGAUGCUGCCUGGCCUGCUGCGUUCACCAGCAACUUUGAAGUAUAACACGACUGGUGGUUCACACGUGAUGAGACCUGGGUGGUGUCAGGGAGUUUAGUAGUCUCACAGCCUGGGGGAGGAAGCUGUUUCCCAUCCUAAUAGUUCAUGUCCUAAUUCUACAGUACGUGUUGCCUGAUGGUAGGGGGUGAAAGAGAUCGUUGGACAGAUGGGACAGAUCAUUGACAAUGCUAAGAGCCCUGCAUACGCAGUGCUCCCGGAAAAAAUAACUGAUGGGUAGAAGAGAGACCCCGGUGAUCCUCUCAUCAGCCCUCGCAAUCCUUUGUGGGGAUGUAUGGUCAGGUGCCUUGUGUUUCCUGUACCAGUGGUGUUGCAGCUGGUGAGGGUUGCUGCUCCUGUAAAAAUUGGUUAGAAUGGGAGCGAGGGCAGGCUCAUUUGCCUCAGCAUCAGCUGUCCGUUUCCCUCCAUUGAUGCUACCUGACCCUUUGAGCUCCUCUGACAAUUUCUGUGUGUCCCCUCCCACCCAAAUCCAUGCAAGGCUGACCCAUCAACUACAGCACCACAUUUCGAAGUUGUUUUGAGUCUGAAUUCUCUCUGAAUGCGUUAAGUGACUGAGAAGUCUUACAGGGAGAUGUAGUUAGUUUCACAUAGGUAUUUGAUCACAAUAAUGGUACGAAUAAUAUUUUUAAAUCAUUUGUAACUGUGUUAAUUUAGAAUGUGUAUGUGUUAAGUGUGAGAAGAGUUUUGAUAUUUGCCCUGUUGGUCAGUAAUGUACUGUUCAUUUAUCUUUUUAACUGAAUAAACACAUAUUUUCUAGCAAUUUUCCUCAUUCUCUUUUUC